CGACAUUUUUUAAUAUUAUUAGAAAUGAAAAGUGGACCUGAAUAAAAUGACUGAUAAUACACCUCUUCUUAAUCCUUUAACUUCUUCGAGUACUACAUCUCGUCAAUAUAUUGAGACGGAGCUUAAUACAAAUGAAAAUUUGGAGAAUAAUUUGAAUGAUGAAGUUUCAAAUAAGCCUUUUCUCGAUAAAUUUGAUAAAAAUAUUGCGAAAAAUGUUUCUAUUAAUAUAGUUUUUAUCUCUUCAUGGUUUUUUUUUUCAAUACUUUUAUCUUUAUAUAAUAAAUGGUUGUUUUCGGAUAAGCAUCUAAACUUUACAUUCCCUUUAUUUGCAGGAUCUAUUCACAUUGUAAUUGAAUAUUUUUUUUCUAUCAUUAUUAUGAAAUUAUUUCCUCAGUUUCAGCCGCCAAGUAAUAGUUUUGAAAUGAAAGAUUAUUUAACAAAGAUUAUUCCAUGUGGUGUGGCUACAAGUUUAGAAAUUGGAUUUUCAAAUGCUUCACUGAAAACCAUAAGUUUAUCUCUCUAUACCAUGUGUAAAUCUUCAUCUCUUGGUUUUGUUUUAUUAUUUUCCUUUAUUUUUGGGCUAGAAAAAGUGCGCAUAUCUCUUAUUAUUGUUAUUGUUAUUAUGAUGAUUGGAGUUGUUAUGAUGGCAUCAGCGCAAACAGAAUUCAUUUUUCAAGGAUUUCUAAUGGUUAUUGCAGCGUCUAUCUUUGGAGGACUGAAAUGGUCACUCGUUCAGAUACUAUAUGCAGAUAACUCUGUUGCUUUUAAUCCAAUUUCAUUUAUAUAUUUUUUAUCUCCAUCUAUUUUCUUUUCUUUAGUCAUUUUUUCGCUAUUAAUAGAAGGUUUAAAGGAUAUAGUGUAUACAUCUUUUUGGGAUUACGGUGUUAAUUCUUUAGUAAUCUUGAUAUUCCCUGGAAUUAUUGCUUUUGCUAUGAUUGUUAGUGAAUAUUGGCUAAUUAAAAGAACAAGUAUCAUAACACUUUCAGUUGCAGGAAUAUGUAAAGAGGUUAUAACUAUGGGUGCUUCUGCUAUUAUUUUUAAGGAUCAUCUCGAGUUGAUAAAUAUCUUGGGUUUUAUUGUAACAAUUAUUGGGAUUAUAUUAUAUAAUAUUAUGAAAUAUUAUGCAUUAAAAGAAGAAUUACUUUCUCAAAAACUAGAUUGCAAAACUGUUCCUUUAGUUACUAAAAGCAGAUCACCUACUAGAGUUUCCCUUCAAGAUACUGAAAAUUUAGUAAAAGAGUAAGCAAGCAUAAAUUUUAUAUUAUUUAUGCAUUUUAUUAAAUAACGAG